AUGGUAGCAGACACGAAGCUUUACGACCGCCUCGGCGUGUCAGCGACGGCCACCGCCGACGAGAUUAAGAAAGCAUACCGAAAACAAGCCCUCAAGAACCAUCCCGACAAGAACCCCGCUGGCGCUGAAAAGUUCAAGGAAGCGUCAGAAGCAUAUGAAAUUCUCUCUGACCCGGAGAAGCGAAGGAAUUACGACAAUUAUGGCUACGACUUCAUAACGGGUCAGGGUGGCCCACCGCCAACUGCCGAUGGUGACAACCCUUAUGCUGGUGCGGGCGGCAUGCCUGGCGGCUUUGCUGGUUUCGGAGGAGGCAUGGGCGGACGACCUGGCGGCGGCCGAACCGCGAGUGGUUUCAGCAACAGAAGACGAGAGCCCGAAGUCGAGACGACAGUGGUGGAGAAGCCACUCCCAGUGUCGCUGGAAGACAUUUACAACGGUGUGACGAAAAAGCUGAAAGUGCAACGGAAGACCUACGAUUCUCAAAGCGGGAAGCAGAGCGUAGAAGACAAGAUCCUCAGCGUACCGAUCAAGCGAGGUCUCAAAGCCGGCAGCAAGAUCAAGUACCCAGAUAUGGGUGAUCAAGUUGAAGGCGGCGUACAGGAUCUGCAUUUCAUUAUCAAGGAGAAGGCACAUCCGCUUUACACCCGUGACGGAGACGACAUCAAGCACACCAUCGAGAUCAGCCUUAAAGAGGCGCUCACAGGCUGGAGCAGGACGAUAACAACGAUCGAUGGCAAGCAGUUGAACGUCUCACACGGAGGCCCGACAAGUCCGGAGUGGACAACACGAUACCCAGACCAGGGAAUGCCCAAGAGCAAGACACCAAGCGUGAGGGGAGACUUCAUCGUGGGUGUCAAAAUCAAGUUCCCGACGAGCUUGACUGCAGAGCAGAAGAAGCAGCUGAAGGAAAUCUUAUAAGCGUUACAGGAGCGUAAGCGGUAGUCAUUUAUUUGACUCGGGUUUUGUUUUAGCAUGGCGUGGCGCUAGGCGGAGUUUCCUUGUGAGCCGUCCUCAACCCUAUGGAAAGGCGUUCUGGUGGUUACGGACGCAGAACGCUGAGAUGAGAGACGGUUGAGAUGGCUUGAGCAUAGUAAUAGAGCUGAACAAACCAGAAUAUUCGACAAAG